AGCGUAAGUAUUGACUUAGUCUUCCCUCUGCUCCUGCUACUGCUCACAGCUCAGCUUCUUAUUCUGCUACUUGCUACUCAGGCUUCUAUAUCAAACCAUCUGCUCAGCUGAGCGUCUCCAUUGCAAUGUCAGACACAGCCAAUGAGGUGCUCGAACAACCCUUCUAUCUACGCUACUAUGCUGGCCACCAAGGCCGCUUCGGGCAUGAAUUCCUAGAAUUUGACUUCAAAGCGAAUGGCGUUGCGCGGUAUGCCAACAAUAGCAAUUAUCGCUCAGACUCCCUCAUCCGUAAAGAGAUGUGCGUCUCGGCACUUGUUAUUGGAGAAAUCAAGCGUAUCGUCAAAGACUCAGAGAUCCUCAAAGAAGAUGAUGCAAGAUGGCCACCGAGAAACAGAGACGGCAAGCAGGAACUUGAAAUACGCAUGGGCAAUGAGCACAUCUCCUUUGAGGUGGCCAAGAUUGGUUCACUUGCAGAUGUGCAAGAAAGCGACGACCCUGAAGGCUUGCGUGUCUUUUACUAUCUCGCAUGCAUUUCAGAAUAA